AUGGCCACGGUGACCUCGGACGCCGUGGAUCAGGGCGCACCCGGGCUGAAGAGCCUCCUCACGCUGCUGGCGUCGGGGCUGGAGUGCGCCGUGGGCGUGGCCGGCAACGGCUUCAUUGUGGCUGUCCACGGCGCAGGGUGGGCCCAGGGCAGGCAGAUGCCCACGGGCGACUACAUCCUGCUCCUGUUGAGCAUCGCGCGGCUGCUGCUGCAGCUCUGGGUGCUGCUGGAGAGUGUCCUCAGCCUGCUCUGGCUCAGCGUCUACAACCAAAGCGCCGUGUACACGCUCUUCAAAGUCACGGUCGUCUUCCUCGACUACCUCAACCUCUGGCUUGCCGCUUGGCUCAACGUCUUCUACUGCCUGAAGAUCGCCAACUUCACGCACCCCUGGUUCUUGGUGCUGAAGAGGAGGGUCUCCGGGCUCAUGCCCUGGCUGGUGAGGCUCUCGGCCCUCCUCUCCUUGGGCUUCAGUUUCCCCUUCUCCAAGAACGUCUUCCACGUGUACGUCAACAGCUCCGUCCCCAUCCCGGCCUCCAACACCACGGAGAAGAAGUACUUCUCCGAGAGCAACAUGGCCAGCCUGGCCAUCCUCUACCACCUGGGCAUCUUCCUCCCUCUGGUCACUUUCAUCCUGGCCGCCAGCCUGCUGAUCCUGUCCCUCCGGAGGCACACGCUGCACAUGUGGAGCCGCGCCACGGGCUCCGGAGACCCCAGCACGCAGGCCCACGUGGGGGCCAUCAAGGCCAUCGGCUCCUUCCUUGUCCUCUACAUCAUCAACUCCGUCGCACUGUUCCUGUCCAUGGCCAACAUCUUCCGGGCCAGCGGUCCCGGGGACAUCCUGUGCAAGGUGCUAGUGGCUGCCUAUCCCACCGGCCACGCCGGCCUGCUGAUCCUGAGCAACCCGGGGCUGCGGAGAGCCUGGAUUCGGCUCCGGCACCGAGCUCGCUGUUGCCUGCAAGGGCGGGCCCCGUGA